AUGAAUAAGAGAUACUUACAGAAAGCAACAAAAGGAAAACUGCUAAUAAUAAUAUUUGUUGUAACACUGUGGGGGAAAUUAGCAUCUGGGGCAAACCACCACAAAGCUCACCAUGUUAAAACUGGAACCUGUGAGGUGGUGGCUCUCCACAGAUGUUGUAAUAAGAACAAGAUAGAAGAAAGGUCACAGACAGUCAAGUGCUCCUGCUUUCCUGGGCAGGUAGCAGGUACCACCCGAGCAGCUCCUUCUUGUGUUGAUGCUUCAAUAGUGGAACAGAAAUGGUGGUGCCACAUGCAACCAUGUCUUGAAGGGGAGGAAUGUAAAGUUCUUCCAGAUCGGAAAGGAUGGAGCUGUUCCUCUGGGAAUAAAGUGAAAACAACUAGGACUUCCAGAAACCACAACUUCAAAUCCCUGCAUAUUCAAUUCAAGUUUUCAUUCCUGUGA